CCCAACCGCGGAUACAGACACACAGUGACGGACGAUUGCGGAUUUUUCUGUAAAUAUUUACGCCAAUUUGUCGCGCUCGAAAGUGAUCAAAGUGAUGCGUAAAGUGCGCCCCAAGUCGUUCAGCGUCGGAAGCGAAUGAAUUCGGUCGGUUCCGGGCGGGAUUCCGUGGUGAAAAAGUGAAUUUUCCGUGUGGCCCCUUUCCACAGUCCCCGACGACGGACGACGAUUGCUCUGUGGUGAGCCAAGUUGUGUAUUUGACAGACGGAGUUGGCUACGCGAGACGCCAUUUUAGAAUCUUUAUUUUGGAUCGGGGGUCUGAAUAUUGUGCUGAGUGAAGUGAAAAUUUUCAGCGGAUAAUUCGUGCUGGGAAGUGAAGAACGGUGUUACGUAAAUUUGGUUAGGUGUUUUUGGAGAAGAAUUGGAAGUGCGAUAAGUGUAUUGAACGGGGGCAAUGAGAGUGGGCAGUGAAGAAAAUGCAUUCGGUGAUGGUUGCAAUCAGGAGGUGGGGUGGUGGAACCAGUAAAGCGUGGCAAGGUGAAGAGUGUUGAUUUAGGACAAUUUAAAUAUCGGUAAUCCAAUUACCAGUAGUGGUGCGAGGGUUGCCACCCUCAGUCAGUGCAACAGAACAAACAGGCAGAAGUGAACGGAGCAACCGCCGACAAAGCCGUCGACCUUGGCUGCCAUGACGACGGUGAAAAGCACGCCGCCGGUGGAAUCGAAACCACCCGGCAAGUCACCGCUGUCGUCGUCGUCCUCUUCAACCUCCUCGUCGGAUUCGGACGAUGGGUCGGAUUCGUCGUCCGAUUCCGACUCCUCGUCGGUGGCUUCGACGAGCAAAACCAGCAGCAAGCAGAGCACCGACAAGCAGCAGCAAUUUAGCGUCAUGAGUUCGGACAGUGCUGGUUUGCGGAUGAAAAUCGCCAUACCGCGUAGCAAUCAAUCCAACUCCACACCUACGCCAUCUCCUUCGGGUGGCGGCGGAUCGAACCGUCCAGGUUCGUCGGCAAGCGACGUACUAAACCGGGCUAUAGCGUCGACGCCCACUGCCGCAGCGGCUAGUCCAGUUCCAACGGCAACGACGACACCGACGACGACGACGACGACGGCGGCGGUGACAACGGCGACGACGACGACGACGACCAGCGAAGGUAAGUCCACUCAACAGACGGACACUGUAUCCCCUACGAAAAAGAAGACCAGAAAGAGCAGCAAGAGCGAAUCCAGUUCGGAGACUUCGUCGUAUUUCUCGAACUUGAGCGACAGCGAUAGCGACAGUAGCAGCUCGGACAACCACAACAGCGGAGGAAAGCGGGGGAACAGUUCUUCCGGAAGCGGACAGAAGAAGCAAAAGUUUAUCAAACGGAAGAAGAGCAAUCGAAGCGUUUCAACGAGCAGUAGCAGCGACGGUAGUGACGACUCCAGCGAUUCCGACUCCAGUAGCGACGAGAAUGCGGACGACAGUAAAGAUCAGAGUCAGGAAUCGCGAAUACCUGAGGGAAACAGCUCUACUCCACUGUCUACAUCUACACCGGCAAAGUCAUCUCCGGCUACAUCUACGCCGGUAUCGAUGAUGCCUCCGGCAAGUGCAGUCCCAGAUGCAGACGUUGGUUCAUCUUCCGACAACGAACUUCCUGCACUGGUCAACGCAGCAAUCAUGCGAGUUGCCGAGAGUGGAUCCGACAACGAGAGCAUCCGGGGUCCGUCGUCUGCCAUCCCACAGUACACUUCCAGUCUGCUGCGAGAGUUCGUUGCCAAGACGGCAAUGCUCGGCAGCGUAGGAAACUCAUCUGAGGCAGCAUCGACGACGGGUCAGACGGAGGCCCACCACAAAAUUAAGACUGAAUCUCCGAUGGCAACUGGUCCGGUAGCAUCUGCCAGUAGCACCGGGAACGUAAACGGGGUGCCUUCGAAGACUGAAUCAACGGCACCAAUCGUGCCGAUCAAGCGACGAGGCCGACCACCGAAGACGGUCAUCAACCCGGCAGCAGUAACAGCUACGACCGCAAAAGCGAACACGCCCACGGUCAGUGAAUCUCCGGACUCGGGAAUACUGUCGACGCACAGUUCAACCGGUUCGCCCAAAACGGACAAGAAGGCUUCGGCGGCUGCAAGUCAAAAGCGACGAACGGAACCGGAGCCCAGCGGUAGCGGAAUGAGCAGUAAAAACGCAGCCGCUCCCACCCUCACCAAGUACACCCUAUCCAGUUUGGAUCGCAAUACCUACGCUACGGAAAGGGUACUGUAUCCUCCGAGGGGCAAAAAGAAGACUGGCCGACCUCCUAAGGAGAAACAACCGCAACAGGUGGUGCCACCACCUGCGGAAGACAAUCUGGAUCCUCUGUGGAAAAAAAUCGACAUCAGCAAAAAAUUCCACGAACCGAGGUUGAGUGGCUACAAAAGCGACGGCGGACAUUCGACGAUCUGCUGCAGCAAACGGCUGGCAUCGCAGAGUGGCUACAUCAGUGACUACGGCGGAAGCAGUCAUCGGAGAAAUCGGCUCUCCGGGUACAAAUCCGACUGUAGCACAAAAUCUCGAAAAAGUUGCGGUUACAAGAGUGACUACAGCGUCAAGGCGAAGAGCUGCGGCUACCGAAGUGACUGCAGUACCCGCCAUCGGAAGCAGGUCCGACGGAAACGGCGCAAGAAGCUGGCUCCGAACAACAACAACCUGAACAACAAAAACUUCAAUCAAAGCAGCAAGUCUUCAAGCGUUAGCGAGCAAGACAUCCUACAGUUGGCAGGUCUUACGCUUGGAAGCACCAGCGAGGAGAGUAGCAGCAGCCAAGAAUCCCUAUCAUCGAUCAACACCACAACUCCCUUCAACAAAGCCCUUCGUAUCUCCCAGGAUCCAUUCACCACCGCCACUGCCGCCACCGCCACCAACAAAAGCACCAUUCCAUCUCUGAUCACCUCGAAGAACCGUGUCAACCCACUGCUUCCGAUCAACAACUUCCGGGGAAUCUUCUCGUCCGUCAGUAAGUUCGGCAACCAAGACACUUUCGGUUCCAGCAUCGGCCCGAAGAACUCGUUCGCCGCCUUCCUGAGAAACAACCGCAAUAAAGACAAUGGUAAAGUUACGGUCAGGAAACUCCCACUCUCCAAAGCGAACGUGAUCAGGAACUCCGAAGAGUGCAGCAAGCGGUUCCAACGAUCCACCAGCCAAGAUCUACUGAUUCGAAUCACGAAUGCCGACAUCCCAAAGCCUUCCCCGGCGAAAUCCGUGUGCUCCAAGCGCAGUCGAAGGAAGAGCUGCCACAGCGAUAAACUGGACAGCGUGUCGGUGAAGAGCUGCGGAACGAUUCGCCAGCGACGGAUGAGUACGAUGAGCCGAUGCAGUAGCAGGUCAGCCGGUUCGAGGCACCCGUGGAGAAAGAAAAAACGAAAGCGACUCAGGUCCAGCUCCGUGGCAGGAAAGGCAUCGACCGACAUCAAGCUGGGACUGGAGAUCGAACGGUUAAGUGAAUCGUUCGGGACUCAGUGUCGGAUCAAUGCAAAAGAUGGAGUGCUGGGAAUCGGGGCGGCUGCGCUGGCGGGAGCCGCUGCGAAGAAUCAACCGAAGGGACGCUCUAUGAAGAAGCGAAAGGCUUCGGAACACGUUGAAUCACCUUCCACGACUACCGCAGGCACCAAGCGGCGGAACAAGAAAUCCAUCCCAACGCAAAGUCCCGAUGAUCAUAAGCUUCCGCUGAAGAAGCGUCAUUAUCUGCUCAGUGAGCAGACGGCCAAGGGAAGCGAUAGCGGAGCGGAGAGAGAUGAUACCAGGAGUCAUACUGUGAUCAAUCCGUGUGCCACGGUCGGUGGACGCGUGCACAAUGCAGCUGCUGCGUCCACCUCAUCUACGUCCGCUUCGGUAACUACCGUUAAGGAUCCGACCAAGGCAGUAACGCCGAAGAAGCGACACCUGCUAAAAUCCCCGGAACCCGUAGUCCCGGAGGAGAUCGUUCAGAUAAAGUCUAGCGAUUCACCACUGACGUUAGAUGUGAAGAGUACGGAUAGCACUACGACCGAAGCUACCGGUAGUCACAAGAAGCACGAUGCAAUCACCCGCAAAAAGAACCGGUUGGAAGGUCUGGUCUCGAAAAUCCAACCGACCGCCACGGUUACGGCUAUCCUAGCGGACAACAACAUUCUGGCAGCAGCGAGCCAUCGCUCAACACCACCCACCCGUCCAUCUGUGAUCCAGACUUCUACUACCGCUGCGACUGCUUCUACUUCGUCCUCCACGGUGGCAAAUAUCCCUCCCCCAGGAAUUUUCGAACCAACGGUUGAUCUGGAACUUGCCAUCCCCACUUCCAUUCCUUCGCUGAUAGCUAAGGUAGAACUGUUGGACUCGCCUCGGCUCAAGGAUGACAUUGCCAAGCUAGAGGGUGAAGACGCUUCCAAGAAAAAUUCGGAAAAGGUUAUCGAGACACUUCUCACCAAGACGGGAGCACAUCUGUUGUUGAAAAAGAAGCGAAAGAAACCCAAUCGAACGGGUUUCCCCUCCGUAAAACGGAAGAAGAAGAAGCUGUUCGAAAAGGAACCUUCCGAGGAGGAAAACAAACCGGAAGUGGGUCCGGAGUUGUUCGACUCAUCCAACCUAACGAAGCAUGUUCCAUCGGAAGUGGAGAAGACGGUAUCCAAGCAAGUUCCCCAGAAGGAGGUAUCUGCGAAGAAUUGUGAUCGGGUGCCAAAGGAGGGUGAACCGACGGACAGUUUUAUCGAGAGGAAUACCAGGCCACGGCUGUCGGUGGUUAGCUUGGAACGACUACAGGGCAAAAUACCGAUGAGUGGACGGGAGGUCACAAGUCCAACGACUCCUCCGGCAACCGGUGCAGGAAGGGGUAGGAAAGCGGCGAUUGCGGUCGUCACUGCUCAGCCUCCCGAAGCCCCACCUCCAGCGACGUCAUCCGAACGAAGGCAACUACGAGAGAAGUCCAAGGAUAAGAGUGAACCUGAGAAAAAGGAAGAACCGAAGAAGAAGGAAGAACCGAAGACGAAAGAGAAGAAAUUCCGACAAGAACCACUACUAUCGGUUAAGAUCAGUCGAAAGGAAGUUAUGGAGAAGAUUGUCAAGAGCAAGGAGAAGCAUUCGGAGCCGGAACCUCUUGCGAAUGUUCCUAAACCGAUUGAGAAGUUAGCUAAGCAUAUAUUGGAUAAGGAGAACAAGAAGCAAGUGGCCCCACCGGUGAAGAAGGGCAAAGUUCUUGCCGAGGAGAACGCUCCGUCCAUUCCUACACCAGCUCCUACGCCCACCGCACUUCCCAUUCGGAGAACCCGUAGCAGUUCGAUCGCACUGGAUCCUGCUGAGCUGGCCAAAAAGACUGCCACUCAGGAAAGUGAAAUCGUUCUGAAGAAUGCCGUCAUUAAGUUGCAACCCUGUAUGAUCUCUAACGAGGACUCCGAUUCCCUGGAUUCCAUGCCGCUAUUGAAGCGCCUUCAUUCCCGAUCCGUAUCUCGGCAGCAACAAUCUGCCACCCCGGACGCAGCACUAAUAAUGUCCCCGAAAACUCCAACCCGAUCGAGAGGACGUCCCAGAACGGCAUCGCCUACGCCAGCUACAAAAACGACUUCAAUUCCGGUUACUCCGACUCUCUCCGAACAAUUGAACAAACUACGCCGUUCUCGGAUGAGCGUUGUCGAUACUACGAAACGUCCCGUAGAACCUGAACCCCCGACAACUCCACGAACUAAGGAAACCCGUUCGGCAGCGGCCAGGAAAUCCUUCUCCAAGGAUACAGCCGUCAUCGACCAACCGCCGCAGAAACCUCCACCGAAGCAGCAGUACGACAUUCCACCGGUGAAGAUCAUCAUCUCGAAGAAAGAUCAGAAGGCUGUGGCUACGGCGGUUGCUGUUGAGAGAAAGUUGUUGAAAGAGAAAAGUCCCGUGCCGGCGUUCAUCGAGGAAAUGUCCAAAGAUAGGACAAGGUGUCGCAGUUCCAGCCGAAUCGAUGCCGUGGUCGAUAAGAUCCGCAAGGAGCAACAGAAGAGCGUGGAAGAACCGGUUGCUUUAGCUCCACUUCCUCCCCCACCUCCACCUCCUCCUCCGCUGAAGAUGAAGCGAGGAAAGAGCGACGAACUGAAGCUGGACGUUGAGAAGCCAACCAAGAAGCAGAAGAAGAAUGACUCGAUUGCAAUUGCUCAGGAAGUUGUCGUUCCGCUGGUUCCGGUGGAUGUCCAGCAAUACGAGAUGCGAGAAUCCGUGACGCAACUUGCCAGCAUACAACCGGCAUCGUUGACGGAGUAUUUGGAACAUGAUCCUUUGCCGGCGGAGGAAGGUCCUGCGGAUUACUUCCGUGACGAGACUCCUUCGCCUCCGGUGGAUGGCAAGAACAAGAAAGUCCCCCGGAAGAAGUAUAUUACGGCAGGUUUGUUUUCCGAUUGCUACAAAGACGAUGGCAAGACUGUCGGUCGAAAUGGUCCCAAGGUUCAACCGGAAUCAUUGCUACCACCGCCGGCGUACUGUGAGCGAUUCCUACGACGAACGCAACGCGACUACCAGCUUCCGUACGACUUGUGGUGGCUGCACGAGAAUGGCAAGCUGACGGCCAGGCAUGCGAUCGCCAGCUGGAAUUAUCGAAAGAUUCGUACUAAUGUGUACUACGACGUGAAGCCGAAUCCGUCCACGGAUCAUCCGCAGUGUAACUGCAAGCCGGAUAGCGGCUGCCAGGAUGACUGUCUCAAUCGGCUGGUGUACGUAGAAUGCAGUCCGGAGAACUGUCCGUGUGGAGAACGAUGCAAGAAUACGAAGAUCCAACGGCACGAGUAUGCCGCGGGGUUGGAACGGUUCAUGACCGAGCAAAAGGGCUGGGGAAUUCGGCCCAAGGAGGGCGUUAAGAAGGGAUUGUUCAUCAUGGAAUAUCUGGGUGAGGUCGUGACGGAGAAGGAGUUUAAGGAACGCAUGCGGACGAUCUAUCUGAACGAUACGCAUCACUAUUGUCUGAACCUGACGGGAGGAUUGGUGAUCGACGGCCAUCGAAUGGGAAGCGAUUGUAGAUUCGUGAAUCACUCCUGCGCGCCAAAUUGCGAAAUGCAGAAGUGGUCUGUGAAUGGGUUGUUUAGGAUGGCACUGUUCGCAUCCCGGGAUAUUCCAGCGAACGAGGAGUUAACGUACGACUACAACUUUUCGCUGUUCAAUCCGACGGAAGGUCAACCGUGCAAGUGUGGUUCGGAGCAGUGUCGCGGGGUAAUCGGUGGCAAGUCCCAGCGGGUGAAACCUCUUCCGGCUGCAUCGGAGGGGAAGAAACAGGAAACUGCUACCGAUGCGUCGAACACUGCAGCUGCACCGACGGAUCACAGUCCCCGUACAGCGGCCCGGUCCCGAAAGCGACAGGCAAAGAAGAACGCUCCGUUGACACAGCUGAAUGGUCAACCGCUGCCGAACUUUGUACCGCCGACGGUGAAGGAGCGAGGCUUGAUCGUAGAACAUCACUGUUUCUUGAUGCGGAAUCUCAACAAAAUACGGAAACUGAAGGAACGUUCACCGGAGCUUACGUCUGCGGCAAAUGCGGCAAGUCCAGCCCCGGGAGCGAGUGCUCCACAGGCGGCUGGGGCGGGUGGGAAACCUUCGCUUGCUUCACAGAUAUCGGCACUGCGUUGCCCGAGGAACAUCCGCACGCGUGGACUGGCAUUCGUCGAGGAUGAUCCUGAGCUGGAAAAGGUCGCCCGGAUUGCUGUGGCCCUAAAGGAGAUUUGCAUCGAGAUUGCCAGCUUGAAAGAUGAACGAGGUCAUUUCUACCUGAACCGGUUGGCGCUUCCAUCGAAGAAGAAGGUCCCUCUGUACUACGAGCGGAUUCCUCGGCCGAUUGACCUGGCGCACAUCCAGGGUAACAUCGAACAGGGAACGUACAAACAACCGAAGGCUUUCGAAGACGAUCUGCUGAUCAUGUUGAGCAAUGCGGUCAAGUACUACGGGAUCAGUUCCCCCGAAGGCGUUGCUUCCGAGAAGCUAAAGGAGCACUACUACAUCUGCAAGCAGCGUCAGGUGGACAGGUUGAUCGCGUACGUCGGUGAACAGAACGAACUGCUGCGAGGGUUCAUUCCAAAGACGGAACCGGAACCGGUAGUGCCAAUCAAGGGACGCGGAAAGUUUAAGAAGCAGGAACAAGCGGAGGACAUCAUCCGGUGCAUCUGUGGACUGUUCAAAGACGAAGGGCUGAUGAUUCAGUGUUCAAAGUGUCUGGUUUGGCAGCAUAUCGAAUGUACCAAGGCGGAUCCUGCGGUGGACAACUAUCUGUGCGAGAAAUGCCAACCGCGGAAGGUGAACUAUGAGAUUCCAUUGAACGAGUUCACCGAGGAAGGCUAUCAGUAUUACAUUUCGUUGAUGAGAGGUAACCUGCAAAUUCGACAGACGGAUACGGUUUAUGUGCUGAGGGACAUUCCGAUGUCACCGGAUCCGAAAAACCCGGAUGGACCGCCGCGGAAGCACACGUAUGACACGAUCGGCAAGGUGGACUACGCCGAGUGCGACAUCUUUCGGGUGGAGAGUCUGUGGAAGGAUAAGGAAGGUCGACGGUUUGUCUACGGGCAUCAUUAUCUGAGGCCGCACGAGACGUACCACGAACCAACACGGCGCUUCUACCCGAACGAGGUUAUGCGUGUGCCGCUGUACGAGGUGAUACCGAUCGAGCUGGUUAUGGAGCGAUGCUGGGUGUUGGAUCCGACGACCUUCUGCAAAGGACGUCCGGUGGACAGUUCCGAACCGCACGUGUACAUUUGCGAACUGAGGGUGGACAAGAGCGCACGAUUGUUCUCCAAGAUAUCGCGACAUGCGCAUCCGGUUUGCAUGAAAUCCUAUGCGUUCCACAAAUUUGAGCAGAAGCUGAAGAUCGCCAAGACCUUUGCGCCUCACGAUCUGGGAUCGCUAGCGCAUCUGCUCGCCGCCAAGGAUAACCGCAAGAAGGGUAAGAAGGAAGACUCUGCUUCCUCUACAUCCGUAACGCCCACCGUAGCUGCCAAGAAGAUGACCCCGAUCAUUCAACUGCUACCGCCUCCACCGAAGACUGACAGCAACAACCCCGAAGGAGCUCUAGUCCUACCUUCAACCGAGACCCUCGCCGAAAAGCGCAACCGCCUGGAGGUAGUCCUCGGACGCCUGAUGAUCAAACUGAACUCCAACCCGGCGGCACUGCCCCCGGUGGACAUCAGCUACCUGUUGACCGGCCGCGGAGCCCGACUACGACGCACCAUUGCCAACGCCACGCCCGUUCCGAUUAUUUGAGAGUGGGUUAAGAAGCGCAAAAAGCGCCGCAAAUGGAAACGGUGUUACGAUUGAAUGGCGAAGGUGGCGCCACCAUCGUCAUCGUCGUCGUCGUCGCCUGCGAUUUAUGCAAUUAUCAUCAUCAUCAUUAUAUAUCAUUUUUGCAAACGAAAAAAAAUCAUCAUUAUUAUUAUUAUUGUACAUAGCAACCAACUUCGAUACAUACGAGUUUCCUUUUUAAGGUUAUGUUUGUAUAUCAUCCAUUGAAUGCACUUCGCGCUAAGUUAUUUAAUUUAUUUAUGCAACACACAUUCGAAGAAGGUUUUGUUUAGAACAAACGGGCGUUGUUUUUUUUUUUUGUUUACGAUUUCCUCUCAUGUUUCCUGUUUUGAAAUCAUUUUCUUUUGCUUGUUUUUUUUUCUUCUUGCAAUUGUUUCACUAGUUAAUGUCGUUGUAAUGACACAGCAGAUUAAGGGAUUUCUGUUUCAAUCAAAGCAUGCAAAAUGUAGCAAAAACACAAACAACACGGCAAUUGAAAAACGGCACACUCAUUCAAUCAGUUUAGAACAGAAGAAAGUACAUAAGUAUUAAUCCAACUGCAUCUCUAGGCAAUUUUCCUUCAAUAAGUAAUAAAGUAAAGCAAAUAAAUUGAAGAUAAGCAUGGAUGAACGAAAAAGUGAGCGAGAUAUUAGUGUAGAACAAGUAUAACAUAAUAGUUUUGAAUGCAAAACACAAUGGACUGACAGUUAAUGAUAGGGUUUAACAAAAAAAACGGAUGAAUUAAUAUAUUUGGACAGAGCAAAAAAGAAGAAAGAAAGAAAACUAGGCAUAAGUGAAAUGCAACUUUUUUUACGUCUUGAAAGCUAUAUUAGAAUUUUAAAUUUACUAGCAGAACUGUACUACUAUUCAAUAAAGUUUAAAGUAGAACGAGAGAGAUUGUGGAAUGUAUGGAAAAUAUAGGAAGGAAAAUCCGGACACUCAUACCUUCACUGACAGUACAUAAACAACACUGAGCACACUCACAUACAGACAAGCAGAUCGAUUAUCGAAAAGAUAGAGAACUUUAACUAAAUCCCUUUAAGGUGGUGUAGAGAAUUGAAAUUAAAAGAAAACUAAUUUGAA